AAAUAAUAAGAAACUCAUUUGAAUAGUGAAAACCCUGAACCCUCAACACAUUACACAUUUCAUUUCCUUCUGAAACCCCAUAGCCACAAACUCAACCAUGCUUCGCAUAGCUUCAAAGUUAACAUCUAGGGUUUCUUCCUCUGCAUUCCCCACCAGGCUCUCUCCUCUUCCCGCUUCAUCCUUCCGAUCAUUCACCAAUGGCUUGGAAUUGGAAGCAGACAUGGUCGUCCCCGACGCCAUUAGGAUGAUCAACUACGCGCUGCGACAAUGGAGGACCGAAAGAUCACUUGGGGCGUUCCGGCUUGGCUGUUCUGUGUUGAAGCACUGUCUUUCGAUGGAGUUUACUGAGGGAAAGGAUCCAAAGCGCGAGAAUUCGAAGGGAAUGGCAUUGCUUACUUUGUCCACGUUGUUGUAUGAAAGAGGAGAGUACAGUGAAGCAAUAGAGAAGCUCGAGGGUGUUCAAGAAUUAACCAAUUCUUACUUGGGUGUUAGAGGUUAGUUCUUUUACUUUUUGUUGGUCUGUGCUAUUGCUUUAUUAUUAUUAGUAUUAGGAUUAGUUACGCUUUGUUUCUUAUAGUUCAUCAACUUAACCUAUACCUAUACUUAAAAAGGUCCAAUUUUAGUCCUUAUA